GAUAUUUAGCAGUGUUUUUUCGACUUUCAACGUGGCUACAAUUUGCUCGUCGAUUCUUGUAAAAUCGCGAACGAAAUUCGGGUCAUUUAGAACGGAACAGCUGAUACUGAAUGAAACAUUGAAUUGAAAGAUAUUUCUCGUAAGAAAAAGUGCACUGUGAAUCUUCUCCUUAUUUUUGCAAGUGAACAAUGUCCCCAUCGGUCGAGCCGCUGUCUGUUCAGAAGUUGGACGAGCUUCUGGCGCAAAGUCUCGGUAAAGACUUUCAACUAAAGCAUCUAGAAUGGAGGCCUCUAACCGCUCCAGGAGAAAACUUUGGAAGCGUGAUGCUGGCCAUCACCGCUGUUGUCACACGGGCCAACAACAAAACGGAAACACUGAAUCUGGUCACGAAACUUCCACCCACUUCCACCUAUCUCUUGGAGUUGUUCAACAGUCCGGUGACGUUUAAGAAAGAGCUGCAUUUCUACAGUUCCAUGGCGAAGGAGUUCGUGAACCUGCAGUUGGAAUGUGGUAUAAACGAACAGGACCUGAUGAUUCUUGCGCCCAAGUUCUUCGGAGGAAGACUCGGCUUGAAAAAUCCGGAAAAGUUCGACGAGCAAGCAGCUAUCGUACUGGAGAACCUCAAGUACAACGGUUACGGUACGGAAGAUCGAAUUUACGGACUGGAUAGAAAGCACACGGAAUUCGCGAUCGAAGAAUUAGCUAAACUGCACGCUCUUACGAUCGCGUUGAAGACGAAGAAACCUCAACUGUACGAGAAAGUAGCGAAAAUAGUGCUGUCGGAGGUUCUGAACGAUAUGACGGAAAAGUGUGUGGUCGAUAUGAUCAGAAAAGCUCAAGCGGAUAUAGAGAGUAUAGAGGAAGUUAAGCCGUAUCUGGAACGUGUAAACAGGACCAUAGAACAUGGUAUUCAGGCGAGCAGGAAGCUAGAGAUACCGGAAGAACCUUGGGCGACGUUGGUGCACAAUGACUUUUGGGUGAACAACAUGAUGUUUCGGCACAACGAACUAGGAGACUUAGUCGAUAUGAAGAUCGUAGACUUUCAGUUGUGCUUGUACGAUUACGGCAUGAAAGAUCUUAUCUUUUUCCUUGUAUCGAGUGCGAAUAAGGAGGUUCUGGAUAAUAAACUGGACGACAUGCUUGACCUCUAUUACUCAUGUUUCGUGAAGGUCUUGAAAAAGCUUCAAGUGGACACGGAGAAAUUUUCCAAGCAGAAAUACGACGAAAUUGUGAACCGUUGUGCGCCUGUCAAGUUCAACCAAUGCAUGAUGAUGGCUCAAGUGAUACAAGCACCUCGAGGGAUCGCUCCUGAGAUGAAGGAUAUGAAGGACAAGGACGUUUUCAUGAAUGUGGCAGGUGGAGCCACAAUGAAUGCGUUCGCAGCGCCAUCUACGAGAGGCAUCCAGUUGGAACUAAAUCCGUUUCAAGCUCAGAAGAAUGGAUAGGCGAAGCUGGUAACAGGCAGAUCUCGAUUGAAGCGUGUAUGUCGAAAAAAGCGGGAGAGAAAGUGAGAGGUUGUUCGCGUGUUGUGUUGUUCAACAUCGACGUGGGGU